AUGCGGACUUACUCUCCUUCAGCUUCUCCACCUUCUGCAACUUCUGUAACUUCUGCAACUUCUGCACCUUCUCUAGAAGAGUGGGAAGAAUUUAUGAAACAGAACCCUUGCUACGCAUUCGGCAAACACAAGAGCUACAUCCUGUGGGCGCACGGCACACUAAGUGAGCAACUGCAAAAGCUGAAAGCUUACUACAACGCUUGGAAUCCUCGAGGCAAAUUUCUCGUUAUAUUGGAGGAAAGCAAUCAGGUUCUGCCUAUUCUAGAAGAACUGAGACAAUGGAACAUUCUGAAUGUGGCAGUUCUAGUUCCUUCCACCAAUGAACAAAACACACUUGACUUGUAUUCUUGGUUUCCGUACCAGCCUCCAUCAGGCAAAUGCGGGAAACUAAACAAAGCUGUUCUGUUGGACAAAUGGAUUGGUCAGAGACAACAAUUUCUACACAGCAGUUCCUUAUUUCCCAGAAAAAUCCCAAAUGACCUUCAUGGCUGUAGCAUAAGCGUCUCUACCUUGCCACUAGAUCCACAUGUCAUGGUAAGCAGUGACAGGAAAGCUGCCCUGGACAAAAACAACAUCACAUAUGCAGAAGGUUUGGAUAUAAGGUUACUUCAGUUCGUGACACAAAGUGUCAAUGCAACAGUUAGCUAUUUGCGGCCCCCUGCCGGCGACUGGAGCGAUGUGUACCCAAAUCAGACUUGGGGUGGAAUAUCGGGAGAUCUGCUCUACGGGAGGGCAGAUGUUGGAGUUUGCGGGACCACGUACGCCUUUGCAUUUACACCUGAUCUGGAGUUCACUGUUCCAUACGACACGAUGGACGCCGUGUGGGUUGUGCCACGUGCAAAGCAGCACCCUCGCUGGAGCAGUAUCACCAGAGUGUUCCAUCUGCCAGUGUGGUUACUGCUGAUGAUCGUGAUCAUCAUGGCCUCUGUCAUCAUGUUAUGGCUCUCCAGAUACGCGGCAAGAUACAGUGAAGAGCACCCUGCGUAUAGGAACCUGUCCGGAUGUCUGUCCAGUGCGUGGGCAGUGAUGCUGGGAGUUUCUGUUGCUAGGCAACCUUACACUGGACCACUCAGGUUCUUUUUCUUCUCGUGGGUGAUGUACUCCCUCGCGGUGAGCAGUGUGUUUCAGACGUUUAUGGCCAGCUAUCUGGUCGACCCAGGGCUGGAGAGACAGGUGAGCAACGUAGAAGAUAUUUUGAAAUCGGGCCUGGGUUACGGAAUGUAUCGAACAUUUAAAAGCCUCGUGGAAGAUCUACCGAAGCAGCAACUGGAUGUGUUGCUAGAGCGGGCAGAGGACUGCUUAAAAAUUGUUGAAUGUGCUGAAAAAGUCGCGAAGCAAGGAAACUACGCUACGAUUUUGGCGGGUAUCACAGCCGAAUAUUUGAACACAUACAAAACAGUUGACGAUAAAGGCACUGCCCUUCUUUAUAUUUUAGAACGCAAAGUCUGGACGAACUUCCAAGUAUUUCUUCUGCCAAAAGGCAGUGGUUUCCUGAGUAUGUUUAACCGUCUGAUAAGGACUGCUCGCGAGGCCGGCUUGGUGCAGUACUUCUGGAGAGACAUGUUGACCACAUCCAAAAUCAAGACCGGGUCAGUUCGAGUACACACCCUGCUAGAUGACUACACAGUGUUCUCCCUGACGUACCUUCAAAGUGCCUUCAUUCUGCUUGUGUUGGGACACUGCUUUGCUCUCUGCCUGUUCUUAGCAGAGUUGACGUGUUCUUGGUGGGCACUGCGGAGGCGCAAGAUGGCGGUCAAAUAUCCUGGCGGCGACAUAAAACCGCAUGUUCCUUGA